UGCUAAUAAUUUUACAAUUUUGCGUGGGUGAAAUGAGUGUGAUUAAAAAUUCGGUUGAUUGUAAAGGUUGUCCUCGUAAGAAGCGCCAAAUGUCCAAAGUUCGAAUUAAUCAGCCUGAUAAUCGUCCAGCUCCGUUACUCCGUUACCCAGCUAAAAAAACGAGUUGCAAAAGAUCAGCAAGCAUGUUUUUUCAUGUAUCAGUAUCUAUUUUAAUUUGGGCUAUUAUCGUAAUUGGAAUAUUACAUUAUAAAAAAAUAUCUCCAAAAGAUAUUCAUAUGGAAGGAUUUCUAGCGAAAAUGAAAGAAAGUAAAUUCGAUUCGAAUAUUUUCUUUUAUAUUAUUUGCGAAAUCUUAAGAACAAAUUAGUUUGGCAACAAUGAUUUCUUUUUUGUCUUGUUUUAAGCGAACUUAAUUUUCUUAGGAUU